AUGUCGAGAUCGAGGUCGGCGACGAUUCGAGGGACGAACGACGACGACGAGCGCUCGCAGCGAUCUUCUUCGCCGACGACGAGCCAUAGGAGCUCGUCGACGGCCGGGUUCGUCGUCGGCGCGGACUGCGUCAAGGUGAUAGCGGUCGUGCGACCGCUGAUCGCGAGAGAGAUCGAGGCGAACGCGUCCGAGGCGCUUACGUCGAGCGACGACAGCGUGUUAACGAAGAGCGGGAGACAGUUCACCUACGACGGCGUUGUGACGGGAAGCGAGGAUGAGUUACGGGAGACAUACGACGCAAACGUGCGAGAUAUCGUUGAAGGUACGCUCAGGGGGCUGAACGGGAGCGUGAUGGCGUACGGGCAGACGGGGUCAGGAAAGACGCACACGAUGGGGAUGGGCGGAGACAAUCCAGGCAUGGCGAGGCGAGUCUUCGAGACACUUUUCGAAGCGGUGGCCACCGCUCGAGUGCGCGACACAGAAGUGAAAGUCGUGUCGUCCUUUAUAGAGAUUUACAAGGACAAUAUUCGAGAUUUGCUCGUCGACGCUGGCGAUGAGCUAACACCGCCGGUGACCAUCAGGGAGAACGCAACCGAGGGUGGGGUGUAUCUGAACGGGGCGCGAAUGAUAGAGGUGAACAACGUGGGCGCUUGCGUUUCGGUCUUAAAUGAAGGUAUCCUUCGACGAGCCACAGCGGAGAGCACGAUGAACGUUCGAUCGAGCCGUUCGCACGCGAUACUCACGCUCAAUGUUAAGUGCAAGGUUGGAGACGCCAAGGCAACUUUUGCCAAGCUCCAUCUGGUCGAUCUCGCGGGCUCAGAGCGCGUUACGCUCAAUGAAAAUAGAGGACAGCGGUUUCAGGAGGGCGUGCAAAUCAACAUGGGCUUGCUCGCUUUGUCCAACUGCAUCUCUGCUCUCACAGACGUGAACAGACGUGAGUGGGGACACGUACCAUACAGAGAUUCAAAGUUGACGCGAUUAAUGCAAGACUCGCUCGGAGGCAACAGCCGAACGGUAAUGUUUGCGUGCGUGUCGCCCGCUGACAUCAACGCGGACGAGACGUUGAACACGUUGAAGUAUGCCAGUCGAGCCAGAAACAUCCGUAAUCGAGUCGUGAUGAACUUUGAAAAGUCAACUGCGAUGGAGCUCAAGCUGAAGAGACAACUUGACGAGGCGAAUGAAAGAAUAGCGCAGUUAGAAUGUCUCGUCAACGUUCUGCAUGAAGAAAACUUGGCGCUGAAAUCGAGGACGCCUGAACGAGUAGAACCAGAGGUGGCUGAGUUUUCGAGGCUGUCGGUAUCAAUAGAAGACACGGGCACACCGAGAACGCCCAUGCAUACGCCAUCGCUAGACGGUCCAAACAGUACACCGUUGAGCGAGCUGUUGAUGAGCUGUAAACGGGCUAGGCAACGCGCCGAGAUCCUCCUCUCAGCAAAGUCUCCUCUAAAAUCUCCGCAGUCGAUGCCAAGAGGAAGCGUAGACUUCAUUGAAAGCGUAAAUUAG